AUGAUCAACUGCAGGACCGCUGCUGCUGUUCUUGGAAUCUCUGAGGCUGAACAAGAUGGGACCUUGAGAAUUCUACUAGAUUCAUUUUUGCCUGGUUAUUUGUGGAUUCACCCCAGAAUGACUGCCAGGGGACAGACUCCACUUGCCCCUGAAGUAGCCAUUACCAGGAAGUUCUUGUGGCUGCGAUUAAUUGACAGAUUGUGGGCCCUGGAGAAAGGCUCUCUGAAGAAAGGCUGCUGGAGGUGGGGUGUGUGUUUGGGGGGGGGGUUGCACUCAAAGCCGCGGAGUUCCCGGGCAGCCCUGCAGGGGAGACACCGGACACCCUGCAGCGCUCUGGGCAUCGCGACGCGCCAGGAAGUGCCCGCGGCUGCCCGCUGGUCCCGGUGCUCUGCUGGUGGUGGCUGGGAGAAGUUAGUCAGCCCAGAGCCUGAACCCAGCAAGGGCUGGAGCUCAAAUAGACUGGGAAGGGAGAAGGCAGGAAACUCCAAAGCGGGAGACAGCUGGGGAGGAAGCGAAAGGAGGAUGGGGGGCCAGAGGACAAGCAGAAAGCUGAAAGCUGCGGCUAGUGCGCCGAGCCGCGCGCUGUCUGAGAUGCCAGAACACUGGGGCUUGCAGAAGCCGUCCGGCUCCCUCGGCCCCUGGACGCCGGGGCCGCCGCGCGCCAGUCGCGGGCUGGUGCAGAACGUCGACCGACUGUACUCCGGCGGCGGCAAGGCGGGCUACCUGGUGUACGCGGGCGGCCGCAGAUUCCUCCUGGACCUGGAGCGGGACGAUUCGCUGGGCGCCGCGGGCUGGGUGCCGGCGGGGGGCGGGCUGAGCGCCCCCGGGCGGCGCCACCGCGGCCGCUGCUUCUACCGGGGGACGGUGGAUGGCAGCCCUCGAUCCCUGGCUGUCUUUGACCUCUGUGGGGGUCUCGACGGCUUCUUCGCGGUCAAGCACGCGCGCUACACCCUCAAGCCGCUCGCGCGCGGGCCCUGGGCCGAGGCGGACGCGGACGCGCAGAGGGUGUAUGGAGAUGGAUCGACGCCCAUCCUGCACGUCUACACCCGCGAAGGCUUCAGCUUCGAGACCCUGCCGCCCCGCGCCAGCUGUGAGACCCCCACGUCCCCGCCGGGGUCCCACGAGCGCCCUCCGGUGCGCGGUCAUCCCGGCCCACGCGCGGCGGCGCUGGCCCCGCGGCUUCCCAACUCCGCACCUGCCGGGGCCCCCGGCCCCCAGACGUGGUGGCGGAGGCGGCGCCGCUCCAUCUCCCGGGCCCGCCAGGUGGAGCUGCUCCUGGUGGCGGAUGCAUCCAUGGCACGGAUGUAUGGCCGGGGUCUGCAGCAUUACCUGCUGACCCUGGCCUCCAUCGCCAACCGGCUGUACAGCCACGCCAGCAUCGAGAACCACAUCCGCCUGGCCGUGGUGAAGGUGGUGGUGCUGGGCGACAAGGAUAAGAGCCUGGAGGUGAGCAAGAACGCGGCCACCACGCUCAAGAACUUUUGCAAAUGGCAGCACCAACACAACCAGCUGGAGGACGACCACGAGGAGCACCACGACGCCGCCAUCCUUUUCACGCGCGAGGAUUUAUGUGGGCAUCAUUCAUGUGACACCCUGGGAAUGGCAGACGUUGGGACCAUAUGUUCUCCAGAGCGCAGCUGUGCAGUGAUUGAAGAUGACGGCCUCCAUGCAGCGUUCACGGUGGCUCAUGAAAUUGGACAUCUACUUGGCCUUUCCCAUGACGACUCUAAAUUCUGUGAAGAGAACUUUGGUUCCACGGAAGAUAAGCGCUUAAUGUCUUCCAUCCUAACCAGCAUUGAUGCAUCCAAACCCUGGUCCAAAUGCACCUCAGCCACUAUCACAGAAUUUCUGGAUGAUGGCCAUGGUAACUGCCUACUGGAUCUACCACGGAAGCAGAUCUUGGGCCCUGAAGAGCUCCCGGGACAGACCUACGAUGCCACUCAGCAGUGCAACCUGACAUUUGGGCCCGAGUACUCGGUGUGUCCUGGCAUGGACGUUUGUGCCCGGCUGUGGUGCGCUGUGGUACGCCAGGGCCAGAUGGUAUGUCUAACCAAGAAGCUACCGGCCGUGGAAGGGACGCCCUGUGGCAAGGGGAGAAUCUGCCUGCAGGGCAAGUGUGUAGACAAGACAAAGAAGAAAUAUUACUCAACAUCAAGCCAUGGUAACUGGGGAUCCUGGGGCCCCUGGGGCCAGUGUUCACGCUCUUGUGGAGGAGGAGUACAGUUUGCUUAUCGCCACUGCAACAACCCUGCACCCAGAAACAGUGGCCGCUACUGCACAGGGAAGAGAGCCAUCUACCGCUCCUGCAGCGUCGUGCCCUGCCCACCCAAUGGUAAAUCUUUUCGCCUUGAGCAGUGUGAAGCUAAAAAUGGCUAUCAGUCUGAUGCAAAGGGAGUCAAAACGUUUGUGGAAUGGGUUCCCAAAUACGCAGGCGUGCUGCCAGCUGAUGUGUGCAAACUGACCUGCAGAGCCAGGGGCACUGGCUAUUACGUGGUCUUCUCGCCCAAGGUGACCGACGGGACCGAAUGCCGGCCGUACAGCAAUUCGGUGUGUGUCCGAGGAAGGUGUGUGCGAACUGGCUGUGAUGGCAUCAUCGGCUCCAAGCUGCAGUAUGACAAGUGUGGAGUGUGCGGAGGAGACAACUCCAGCUGUACCAAGGUUAUCGGAACCUUCAAUAAAAAAAGUAAGGGUUACACUGACGUUGUGAGAAUCCCCGAAGGAGCCACUCACAUAAAAGUCCGACAGUUUAAAGCCAAAGACGAGACCAGGUUCACCGCUUACUUGGCCCUGAAAAAGAAAAACGGUGAGUACCUCAUCAAUGGAAAGUACAUGAUCUCCACCUCAGAGACCAUCAUCGACCUCAACGGGACGGUGAUGAACUACAGCGGCUGGAGCCACCGGGAUGAUUUCCUCCAUGGCAUGGGCUACGCAGCCACCAAGGAAAUUCUCAUCGUCCAGAUUCUUGCCACGGACCCCACGAAGGCAUUAGAUGUCCGUUACAGCUUCUUUGUUCCCAAGAAGUCGACCCAAAAAGCGAACUCCGUCACUAACCACAGCAGCAAUAAAGUGGGAGCAACCACUCAACAGCUGCAGUGGGUGACAGGUCCCUGGCUGGCCUGUUCGAGGACCUGUGACACUGGCUGGCACACCAGGACCGUGCAGUGCCAGGAUGGAAGCCGGAAGUUAGCCAAGGGCUGUCUUCUAGCUCAGAGACCUUCGGCGUUUAAGCAGUGUUUGCUGAAGAAAUGUUAGCCUGUGGUGAUGCUCUUGUGCACAAAGAAAACAGGAGGGUCCAGCGUGGAGACACAUGCGGUGAAGAGGAGGUGUACCCAACGCACAGAAAGUCAUGCUUCCGUGUCAUUGUCACCAGGAGUCGAAUUAUGGGCAGAAUCUGCUCUCUGUGACCAAAAAGAUGGACACAGCUUCAUGUGAUCAUGGUGACCUUGGAAUACAGAAAAUCCUGGGGCCUACAAGAAUGAGGGAGAAACACUGAUGAAUGUAGAAUCGGGACAUUGGAAGAUGGCAGGACAGUCUCCCCCUUAUUUGUCACCUACCUCUUACAGAAUAUCUUCAAGGCAUCAUUGUCAUUUCCACCCAUGACACACAAUUGCUUGUUUUUACUGUUUGUAAAUAACAUCAGCCCUUGGUAUGUCACUUUAUAGCACUUGGUUCUAUUAAAAAAUAUAUAUUUCUAAAAAAAAAUUUGUUUGACCAAAGUAGGUCUGCAGCUAUUUCAACUCCUAGUUUCCAGAAAGAGCUGUGGAUGUUUUACUGGAAAUUAAGAACUGGCUGAUGGUUUAAUAAGAGUAUAUGUUUGUGACAACAGGAGAUCACAUGUGUGUCCAAAAACAUUUUGACAGCAAGCAUCCUCUGAGAGAUUCUGGAAAGAAAUGGGAUCUCAGGGUGUCUGCUUGCUUCAAUGCAUUUAAAUACAUUUAAAUGCUAUUUCCUUAGAACCUUUGACUGCCUGUAUUUUUUUCAGGCAGUCGGCCAAAUUAAGGUAUAAUUAAGAUGUAGAAAGAAUGUUUUUCCUCUGUGUUUGUGAUACAUUUUUAAAGUCUCAAACUUCGUUUGCUUAUGUUGGCAUUUCAAAGGAAAAGCAACACAUCACUGUGUUUUCCAUUUGUAUUUUCAUGACUUUCCUAUGGCUCCCGUCUGAUGUCUCAUAAUGUGCAAUAGUCAUACAGAUUACAAAGCAUAAAGUGCUGUGUCCCAUCCAACACAUUCAGCACUGGAAUAUUUCUGACCAGAAAACCUGUACAAUCUGUUUGUUUUUGCUUGUUUGUUUGUUUCAUGCAAGGGUUCUUAAAGACUGCUACUUGGUAUUUCUUCUUCACUUGGUUUAAUAGGAAUAUUAAAGAUCACUUGGUAAUAAGCCAUGCCUAGAAGGGACCUUCAUCAUUAGUCAGAUUAAUGCUAAAAGAAAUAGCUAACCUUAAUAAGACUGUUUCCACACCACAGGCAAUCAUUUCUUAAUUUCUUAAAGACACAUAUAUUCUUACAGUAUUAAAUGUUUCCCAAUUGGAAAGCAUUUGGUCGUGUCAGAAAGUGUUUGAGUGACAAAAUGUGAUGGAUUUCAGGAAGUUUGUUGUUUUUGCUUCCAUAGCCUGUCUAGGUAGGUUAUAAAAUUGAAUAGACAUUGAAAAUACCUUUUUAGACUGUAAUUGCAUAACCACCACCUUAUAGCUCACAAAAUGGAAGGUGUUUUAUUCCAAUGGGAUUUCUUUUCCUUUGUGAAAUACUGCAGCACCAAUUGUUUUAUAUAAAAUUUUAUAAUAAUCAAACCAAAUGUGCCUAUUGUCAGAGAUUUGAAUAUAGGGAUUUUAGGCAAUCAUUGUUUAGUUCUAUGGAAAUUAGGAAGUUUAUUUUUAUUAUAUUUUGAUAUAAAAGACUUACAUAGUUGAUCAUUCUAUAUCACAUUCAUUUCAGUGGUCCAAAAAAUAGAUAUAUCUGUUUUAAUACUUUCUUAAAAAUCAGUUUGAAAAACAGUUGUUUUACUAAAUCAGUAGUCAUGGUUUAGAUUUUCAUAGAUUGAUUUUGCUUAAGUUAUAGUAGUUUUAUAUUAAAAAAUUGUUAUUUCUAGAAAUUCAGGCUCUAUAAGACCAGGAAGCUAUAUUUGAUGGAAAUCAUUAAACAUCAAUAGGAGGGAACACAGCUAGACAAAUUGGUCAGAAAAUCAAAAUUAAAAAUCACACUGGCCAUUUUAUUGCACAAAGAGCAUUGACAGAGAAUUAAAUGUUACUUUUUUCAAUUUUGAAAAUAAUUUUUAAGCAACUCAAACAUGACAAAAUUUAGUUUUAUCCUUUUUGGUUAUUUUUCCAAGGGCAUUAAAGAUAAUUCACAAGUAACCUCACAGUUGUAUCCUACUCUGCUCCACUAUACUGCAUUUAUAAACUUGUAUGGGAUUUAUCAAAUAAUUCAUUUUCCUCAAAAUAGUGAAGUUUUUACACUUCUCAUUGAAAUUAAUCCUAGACAGGCUAGAAAAAAAAUAAACCACUAUGCUGUGUUCUUAAGUUUUCUCUAUUUUUUUGGUAUGAGUUUCACUAGUUAUCAGAGGAUUAUAUGACUAUACUUCUGAAAAAAAACAAUAAUGAUUGGAAACUGAAAUUCAGAGAAAUGGAGUGCUUAGUUGAUGCAAAGGAUAAAGGGGGAAAAUCAGAACUAUUUCUAAUUCAGUCAAACUUGGUUACAGAAUGUCUUCCAUUUAUCCAUUGUUGUAUUUUGAGUGGGUUUUUUUAUUUUGGAUUUAGGAUGCUGAAAGGGAGAGAAGGAUGUCUGAAAAUGCUUAGAUUUGUAAGGGUUCAACCAUACCUGCAUAAACACUCCAGAAUGUCCCAUUAAGUACAAAGGAUGCCUUGCAGGAAAAUAACAUUUAUUUCUUGUAGAGUAGAAAAAACAAAUUAAGUCAUGCCUUGAUGUUGAGAAGUACAAGAGCAUUGGUAUACUUUAUUUAACAAAUUUAACCUCUUUGCCUUCCUGUGGAAACAGUUUUAUCCCAUUAUAUUAAGAAUUAAGGGAUGAAUCACAAAAGAAAAGUUGCAGCACUGAAAAAAAGUAAUUUAUUGUUUUUGCAACUGUGAUAAAUUUGUGUGAUAAAAUUAUUUAUUCUUAUUUAACAAAAACGUGCAAAAUUCUUCUAUAUUUAAAAUGUUUUGCUAUUGUCCUACUUUUUAAUUUAUGCUUCAUGUUUGUGUAUAAAGUGUACUUUGUGAGUUUACAUGAUAUACAGCAUUGGUUGCUUUGUAUUUUUUUUCAGAAAGCUUUCUUUGUGAAACAGGUGUAUGCAUCUUUAUUUAAGGAAAUUCUAAGUUUAAUUUUUGUGACUAGUGGUAUUCAUUACUUAUAGCUACAUUAAUAGGUUAUCUACAUGUCAUUAGCAUUAAUUUUUGAUACAGAUAAGAAAAAUUCAUACUCAAUCAAAAGUGCAAGUUUUAGACUUGAAAUCCAUGGAUAGCCUACAGACUUCCUAAAAAAGCUUCUAAAAUACCAUCAAAGAGACUUCCUAAAGAAGCUUCUAAAAUACAGAGAUCAGAUUGCUGACACAUAUGUUUAAUCUGACCACUUGGGACACUAAGGCAGGAGAAUCACAAAUUCAGGGCCAGCUUUGGCCAGAUAUCAAGAUCCUGUGCUAAAAAAUAGUAAGCUACAAGAUUUCAAGUAAUAUACAUUAUUUGAAAGUAACAUCUGAGUGAUAGGAUGACAAUGAAAUGACAAAAAACACCACUUAAUACUUUAGAAGCACUUCCUAUCAGAUUCUAGUGUUUACAGGAUUCUAUCUAUGAGUUCAAACCAAUCAAAUUUGUAAUAUUCAGAGUUAGUGCUUCUGUCAACUUGGAGUGUCCAUUGAUAAUACUGCCUGGAGUGCUGGGAGCUGGGACAAGCCAGGCCAUUUCCAACAAUAUCAACUUGCCUCUAAAUGCAACAAGGCAAAGCACCACAUAAUUCACUGGCUCCAACAAUAGAUCUAAUAUUCCUACAUUGAUUCCUGCCUUGUUCAUCAGGUUACUGGGACAGAUAAAGUGGCAACAGCAUCAGCUUCAGAAAUCUAGAACUUGUUCUUUGUUAUAGAAUUCAUUGUUCCUUAAAAAAAUGAUGAAAUUUAGACAUCACUGAAUUUUAAUAGUACUGUAGAUUUGAGUAUGAAAUUUCAUUAGUAGGAUGGUGAAUAUCACUUGUAUCUUUAUAAUUAAAUCUAAGGCCAUACAAUUUAUUUAUAUUUUUAAAUGGUUCAGAGCAAAAUUAAAAAAAUAAAUAUGGUAGCCAUGAGUACAGAAAAGGUCAUUGAAGGCCAUCUCAGAACCAAAGUCAAGGUGCUUUGUCAUUUAAACACACAGAAACUUAAGUAAGAUUCCUCUAUUAUUUUUCUUGCUUGUCAAUAACUUGCAGUUUUAGAUCAUAGAAAAUAUCAAACUACUAGGUCAAUAUAACAGACUAGUUCACUGGAAAAAUCUUCCUAAUAACCCAUUGUAAGUACAUAAUACAAAAAUGGCUUGAAUUUAAUCAUUAUGACAUGCAUCAGUCCAUAAUGCAUAUUUGUGUUUUAUUAAGUUAAUGUAUGGGAAUAUAUUGAGAGAAUGAAAUCAUGUACUAGUCAGCCAAGAGAACAGGAAUACAGAGGGUGCUCAGAUCAGUAAAGCAUCAUCUAAUCUAGUAAAUGCCUCGUGCCAUGAUAUAAUUCUAAUAUCAAUAUCGUGGUAAAAAAUCAAAGACUGUGUUGUGUCUUGGAAGCUCUGAAAGAGUGAAUCACAAACUAUUAAUAUACUAGCAACUUAGGAAAAGUUUUUGUGUCUGGGCCUUGUGCCUUCGCUUACAUCAUUCAGACAAGAAGGUAAAUAAUGAUCCAUGUUAUCCAUCAUCCUAAGCACUGCCACAUCAACUGACUCAGUCUAACACUGUGAGGAAACUUAUCCCAAGAGCAUGGUUUUUAUUUCUGGUUUUGAUGUUUCAUUGGCAGAUUGUCAUUGUUAUUGAGGUGCUAACAUCAUUAGUGAUAAACUGUUAAAUAUGCUGUUUCUGAUUUACUUUUCUUUUUCAACAUCAUUUUACGUUUGAGGAAAGACAUGUACCUUUCUUACACAGGCUAGACACAAAUGAAUACAGUUCAGGAAAUAAGCACAUCUAAUUGCCAUUCUGACUAAUGGGAGUCCAUGAGACACAAUGGUAUGUGCAUCUGUGACUUCAAAGGUAUCAUCAAACUUGAACAGUCUCAGGCCAAGUUUGCUUUAGAUAAGCCACAGUUCAGUAUUUUCUAAGUCCCAGGCACUCCGUUCAAGUUUUUUAUAUACUUGGCUGGACUCAUUUCAGCUUUGAAAUACUUGGACCCAUGGUGAAUACUUAUUCACUAUAUUAUACAGUUUCUUUAACAACUCACAGUAACAAUCAAAGAAACUAUUACCUAUACUGCAAGUAUAUUUAAACUAGUUCAAACUGUGCAACUUUGUAAGGCUAGAUUGAUUUGAUUAAAAAACAUAGUUUCUGAUAGUAUUUUUCAUUACAUACUCAGGUAUGACAAGCAUCGUUGGCUUAUCUUGGCCUACAUUUGACUCAUGAUCUAAUAGUGAAAAUUAUGCACAUGCAUAUACUUUGUAAAUAAACAUUGAAGACAAUGCAGUUGAUUAAAGAAUAUGUUCCAUUUAUGUAACGAGUGGCACAAAGACUUGAUUUCUAUAUUAGAAUAAGUAAUACAUAGAUAUAACUCAAAUUUCUUGUAUCUUAAAAAACGGUUUUAUGACACAGAAAAGCAAAGAGGAUUUGCAUACUGAACAUCAGACACAACAUGUAAACUGCUUCUUUUUCUCAAUUUCCUAAAAAUGAUGGCAUAAUUAUGCAGUCGAAAAGUCAAAAACCUUGGAAAACUAGGAGAGGUUUUAUUUAAAAUGUCCUUUCAGCAAGGCCCAAACCUCAGUCUGUAUUUAAAGCAUCGCUGUGUCUCAUGGCUUGCGUUCCAAAACAGCUCUCUUAUUGAGGUAAGCCACUUGAGCUGAGUCCUUUGGGAAUAUUCUGUAAUGUUUUUCAUUGAGGAGCAAUAUUCUACUUUAUAAAGCAUUUUGCUGUGUGUAAUUUUAAACUGUAAAAUUAAAUAUUGGUUUUGUGGUUGCAGUGGACAUAAUAAAUAUAAAUUGUAAACUAG